UUAAAGCAAAACAAAGAAAUUGUGAACACAAAUUUAUUGCUUUAAUACGUCCGUACAAAAACACAAAGCAAAUAAACAAAACAUGACUCACAAAGCAAGGAAAUGAGAAAACUGAAUGUAAACAGAAACAAAACAAAUGGUAACGAAAAAGCUAAAAACAAAUUAAAUUUUGACGCUCUCGUCCACCAAAACUACUCUCUUUUUUGCCGGCGGCAUUCUAAAUUAAACCUGCGCAUGUAAACAAAGUCAAUCAAAAUAUUGCCAACACUUCAAGAAAACAGUUCAGUUUGCUCCAAACGCUUCACUUGACUAGGUGACUUGUCAACAACUUUGUUCUUUUAAUUUUUUCCUGUUAAAGAUAAGGGCGAUCUUCAUUUCGGAAAUGGGCCCAAUCGCACUCGGAAAGAUCUCUGGCACUCCUCCUUAACCACGCACGAAAUCCACCUCUUUUAAUCUCUACCUUCAACCAUUUUCUGUUCUUCUAAGGGUUUGAAGUGUCGAUAAUAUUUUGAUUGACUUUACAUGGGUAAGUUUGAUUUAAAAUUCCGUCAGUAAGAAGACCGGUUUCAGUGAAGCAAAGCGUCAGAAUAGUGACGCUCAAAGAAAUUGGCAUGACAAUGAGGAAGGUCGCGCGACGAGUAAGCAGGCCUCUGUCGGUGAUCUCCCGAGUAGUUCAAUGACACCGCGAGGACGGGACGUCACGUCCGCCGUCCAGGCCAGGGCAGAAAAAAGUGCACCACUGCUAGGGAGGACCGAGCAAUGGUAUACUCUAUUCUGCAGGACCGGACAAAGACGACGCCGCAAGUUGCCGCCGAACACCAAGAUGCAACUCAUCAAACAAUCUCCUCUAAAACCGUCCGGCGGCGACUGCACAAAGCCAAUUUUAAGCCCAGGAAGCCUGCGCAUGGUCAAGCCCUGAAACCUCAGGCACUGACGGCAGCGUGAGGAUGUGGCGCCGACGAUGUGAGCGCUUCAGACGUGAAUGUGUGUACAAAGUCGUGCCGUUCGGGGAUGAUUCCGUCAUGAUGUGGGCUGGCAUCAGGACGCACUCUCGCACUGCUCUUGUCUACAUUCCACUGCCAGCGAUGAACUCGGUUCGCUACGUCGAGGACAUCAUUACACUGCAUGUGGUUCUAGUUAUUGAACAAAAACCCGACGUCAUCUUUCAGCAGGACAAUGCCAAACCACAACCGCCGAGAAUACCGUCUCCAUAUGAAGGCCGAGGGGAUUCAAAUCAUGAAAUGACCAGCAUACAAUCCUGAAUCCCAUAGAACACCUAUGGGAUGAGUUAGCUCGGCGAGUGGAAAAGAUGCAGCAGCCCCCAAUCAACCUGCACCAGCUGAAAGAUGCCCUCCUGGAAAAGUGGGAGCGACUACCCCAGACCAUCAUCACCAAACUCAUCAACAAUGCGCCGGAGAUGCCAAACUGUGCUAGAUGUCCGUGCGGGCACACCCGUUACUAAUUUCCUUUUUGGAUUAAUUCUUUGAGUUGGAUUUGAUCUUGCUCCGUUACUCUUUUGUUUUCAUUUGUUUUUAGUUUUUAUUAUCAUUUGUUUUGUUUUUGUUUACAUUUCUUCAUUUUUCUCAUUUCAUUGCUUUGUGAGUCAUGUUUUGUUUAUUUGCUGUUUUUUUGUACGGACGUAUUAAAACAAUAAAUUUGUGUUCACAAUUUCUUUGUUUUGCUUUAACAAUGUUUUGCUGGCCCACAAAGAACAAAAAACAAAAAAUAUUGAAGGAAUCAGAGAUUACACAGAAAAGUAAUGCGUUUCUUAAGAGAAACGAAAAAAGCAAUCAGGAACAAACAGAACGCAGACAAAAAGGCAGCUGGAAGAGGCAUAAAAGCAAAGAAAGAUGCACAUAAGGAAAAUCUACAAAGGGAAAAAAACCUAACACAAAAAGGAGAUGAAAAGAAAAUUACUGGAGAGAGAACAAGAAUUUUUUUUACCUCAAAUGCAAGUCGUGCCCUAAAGCGAUCACCUGUAGCGUAACGCAACCGCAAAUCGCUGUCCGACUGAAAAAGUAACAGACAAAGAUUAAAAAGGGUGGAUUUCGUGCGUGGUUAGGAAGGAGUGCCAAAGAUCUUUACGGAUGCGAUUCGACUCAUUUCCGAAUUUUCCGGCCGCAUGGAAGCACCUGCAGGUACCGAUUAGUGUUAGGGGUGGCUACCCAACACGCGCGGUGAUAAGGAUCAUAAAAAAGUGAGACCUUCGACAUUUAAUGGUUUUAAAGACGAGCGGUGCUAGAGAGUUGUUCUCGGUUGGACGCGACGCAAAACGCUGUCACCACUGUCAGUCCUAAGGGGUUGCAAAUCAGGGUUGACAAGGAAUGAGAGUAUCAAGACGCAUCAGGGACACUUAUAGAACUGGUUUAGCCGAUUUCCGAAUUUUUCCGGUUCGUUUUGCGCAUCAGAUUGUCCUGUACUUUCCUAACUGCAACCUUGCAACUUUUGUUUUUGACCGGGAGUUGCUUCGAGGAGCAUAACUCUAAAACUACUGGACCCACAGCGGGGAGAUUUUGCAUAGGUCGAGUCGACACUUUAAGCUAUAUCAUAUAAAAAAUUCAAAUUUUUUGCUCAACUUUUACGAACAUAGCGCUACUUCAAACUUUUGUUCCUUUAAUUUUGUCCAGUAGUUUAUUUUUCUCAAGUCGUCAUACCCACUGGUUGGCGUGCAUUUUACACACCUAUUUCAAAUUUCUAUAUUUGUAAAAGUUUAGCAUUUUAUAGAGAAAUAUGUACUUUAAAUGAAAAACGUUUUAUAUGCAAAAUGUUAUAAACAGCUCAUUAUAUGUAUUUUGCAUAUUUGCAUAUGUAAAAUACAUAUAAUCCGAUGUCUAUUCAUGACAUUCAAAGACAUCAGAUCAAAUAUCGCGUCAUAUCAAGACCAUAUAAAGAAGUCGAACGCGAUGAUAGUGUCAGUAAUAAUGCAAUGACCAGUGUCAGUAAAAUUAGAAUAUAGAAAUAAAAAAAUAAAAACAUUUUUUGUAAGAAAAUCUGGGAGACAUCUCCUCCAAGGGCGCUAGGGCAUAGGCGGCAGCAUGACGUAAUGGCGAAGGGAGGGGGACGAAAGAAGAACGAUGAGAGGCACGACACACGUAGUAGUGAGGACGAUCGAGACGCACGCGGAUACAGACAGUUCAGUCGGGAAAUCAACUGUGACGGCUACGACAAUAAAACACCUUUGUUUUGUAAUUACACGAUCCUGACAAAUCACGCGUCCUGCCUCUUCUCUUUCACAUUUUGUCUUACAUAUCAGAAGUGGGAUUGAGAACGAACACGUGCCGAGUGAAGUUAGUGCGUAGUACGCAACACGUGUAACAUGGGACGCCAUGAAUCUCGUGAAGAUAAAUCUCGUAGAAGUGCAAAACGGAAAAGGACACGUUCUCCUUCCGCAUCAUUUGAAGAUGGGAGAGAAUGCAGUGAUAAACGUAUCCGUCGAUUGGAACGCAUGGUGGAAAGCAUAAGCCGAGUAUCGCAGUCGAAAAGCUAGGGCAUACAGCGAAGAGACGAACAGAUGAUUCCGCCGUUUGAUCCAUCGAAGAAUAAUUUAACGGUCGAUAAAUGGAUCGAGCACGUGAACGACCUGGCGGAACAGUACGAUUGGGAGGAUCGAAAUAUAAUGCGUUUGAUCGCAACCCGGCUGAAAGGACACGCACGGCAAUGGUACGACGCGCGGCCACGGCUGGCUAUCACAUGGACAGAGAUGAAAAAGGCGUUGAAGCGGCAGUUCCGUAAGUCUGUUCCAUUCGCGAAGUUGUUCCGGGAGACCGCAAAUUACGAAAGUGCGCCCGGUCAAGCACUUGGCGAUUACAGCUUCCAGAAACUGAAUAAAAUGCGUAAAUUGAAUAUCGAAAUACCCGACGAGUAUCUCAUCGACGCGGUAAUUGACGGGGUCACAGAUAAAGGCAUUGCGAGAACAAUUCGUUCCGCGCAGCACCGGAACGCGGACAGACUAUAUGCAUAUAUGACGACGUUGGAUUGCAUUCCGGCGGGAAGUAGCAAAGGGAGGAAUGUGUCGGGCGUCAGGCCCGACCAGCAAGACCAAUCAGCAAAAUCUUCGGAACGCGUAGGCAAAAAUGACGAGAACGCUAAGCUGACGAACAAUAACAGUACCGUAAAGGGCGAUCGGGCCAGAUCAAGGGGCAAGUGCUUCAAUUGCGGAAAAGUCGGCCAUAUCGCGAAGGCGUGUCGCAAGCCACGUGUCGAGUGCGAACGCUGCCACUGUUUGGGCCACAUUUCGGAUCAGUGCCCGAAACAAAAGGACGCGAACGCGGUAAAGGCGGAUAUCGCGCGCAACUCGUACAAGCUGACGAUGACUAUAAAUGGCCAUAAGAUUUCCGGAUUGAUUGACACGGAAAGUAGUAGCACGCUACUACGUGCGUCUAUCGUCGAAGAGCACGACAUGGCCGUAGUGACGACGCGGGAGGUCGUUUUGAGAGGUUUCGCAGAACACGAUGACGAGCAAUCAGUCGACGCGCUGUGAAAUUAAAAUUAUAAGCGCGACAGCG